AGGCGCUGAUGGCGGUGGAGGGGAUCGUCCGGUUUAUCCGAAGCAGCCUACGGCGGAGAUCGGCUCGGAGAGAUGAAUCCCAAGAUGUUCCUUCUACAGAAAGCAAAAUUGAUGCUGAUAGGAGGCCAGGAGACAGAUCAAGCUUCCCUUAUUCUGCAGGACAGCUGUUUUUUGAGUAUUUAGUUGUGGUCUCACUUAAAAAGAACUCUGGGGGAAAUUAUGAACCCAAGAUUACUUACCAGUUUCCCAAGCGUGAAAACUUGUUGCGGGGACAGCGUGAAGAGGAAGAGAGAUUGCUGCAGGCCAUCCCUCUUUUCUGCUUCCCUGAUGGUAAUGAAUGGGCACCACUCACAGAGUAUACCAGUGAAACAUUCUCUUUUGUCCUCACCAAUGUGGAUGGGAGUAGAAAGAUUGGCUACUGCAGGCGACUAUUGCCCACAGGACGAGGUGCUCGUCUCCCAGAGGUUUACUGUAUUAUAAGCUGCCUGGGUUGCUUUGGUCUGUUCUCAAAGAUUUUGGAUGAGGUGGAGAAAAGGCGGCAGAUCUCUGCAGCGGUCAUCUAUCCCUUUAUGCAGGGUCUGCGGGAAUCGCCCUUUCCAGCACCCGGGAAAACGGUCACCAUUAAGAGCUUCAUCCCUGACUCAGGGACAGAGCUUCUAGAGCUAACCCGGCCCCUGGAUUCUCGACUGGAACAUGUGGAAUUUCAGGCGCUUCUACAGUGCCUCAGUCCUGAAAAGAUCCUCCAGAUAUUUGCUUCUGCAGCUCUGGAGCGACGGAUAGUCUUUCUGGCAGAAGACCUCAGCUCCCUCUCCAAGUGUAUCCAUGCAGCAGCUGCGCUUCUUUAUCCCUUUACAUGGGCCCACACAUACAUCCCAGUAGUUCCAGAGCAGCUCUUGAGCACUGUCUGCUGCCCCACGCCUUUCAUGGUCGGCAUCCAAAAGCGCUACCUGGAUGAGGUUCUGGAUCAACCAAUGGAAGAGGUGCUCCUUGUUGAUCUGUGUGAAGGCAAGUUCUUGAAAUUGGUUGGUGAUGAAGAAGAGAUCUUGCCUGGCAAGCUACAAAGUGAGAUGCUGGCCUCUCUGCCAACAGUGAACAGCAACAUAAAGACCUCUGAGGAAUUCAAUGUACGUGUUUCAGACACUUUUGUAGAGUUCUUUGUCAAAACCAUUGGCCACUACCCAUCGCACAUCAAAUGGAACAGAAGUGGUCAGGGCUGCUUCCAGGAGCGGCCAUUCUGCAAAGCCCCCACCUCCAAGACCUGCCGCAGGUUUCUGAAAAGAUUUGUGAAGACUCAGAUGUUCUCAUUAUUUAUUCAGGAAGCAGAAAGGAGCAGAAAGUGUGUAGAAGGGUAUUUUCAACAGAAAUUAAAUGAAUAUCAAGAACAAAAAAAGCUAAGACGACUGUCCUGAAUCGGUGUUCUACCUAUGAGGAUAGGCAGGCCUGUACCUACAGCCAUCAUCUAUUCAGUCCAAGACAACAGCUGCCACGGAACAGAAGCACCUUGGCUUCACCAGUCUGAUGGGGUCAUGGGAUUGUUUCACCUUCAUCUGUAGACCAUGAAAGGCCAGGGUGGCUUCAGAUGCCAGUUCCUCCGUUUUUCUUUUUUCUUAUGACUUGCACUACAAGCUGUUUUUAUGUAGUUAAAGUUUGGCUGUAAUUUGUAGCCCAACUGACAGAAGGACAAAGUUGCAGCUCUUUAACAAAAUGGCAGCAUAAAAUUAAUGAGCCAAGUGAUCAUCCUGAUCAAAAUAGGACUCUAGAUAGUUCUAGAAAUAAAAUGGCGUAGCGGAAAUGUGGGGUAGUAAACAAUGAUAAAGAAUGUAGAGAAAUGGUAAGACUAAUUGUGUUUCUAGGAAACAAUUUUAUUAGAAUUAAAAUGGUUUCCAUUUCAAAA